CUCACUCUCACUCUCACCUUUUUUUUUGAGUUCGGAGUGCUGGAAGCUCGUUACUAAUUAGCGCCUCACUUAUCAAAAUGGACGGCACUGGAUCUGUUGAGUCGCAAUGGCUCACUCAGCUGGCAGCCAUGCGCCAGGCCAUCGCCGAUCUGAAGCUUCCCUCAGACCCCGCCAAGGAACCCAGUUACGGAAGUGACCUGGAGCUGGAUUUUGAAGAUGACUAUUCAUCGCCCGGAACUAUCGACGACGACAUCUGGGAUAUCAUCAGCUCAGAUGAUGAAUCCAGCGAGGGAUAUGAUGACUUUGAUGACCUCCCAUCCGCCCCGCUAACAUCGGCAUACGACCAGACAUGGCUCGAGCAGAAGUGCCAAAGCUUGGCCUCCAACAAACCCGGUCUCGAGGCACACGACAUUGCACAGCAGAUCACAGCUGCGCUGGCCACCGAUAGUGGAGAUGACGAACUUCAGAUGUCGCUGGCCGAAAUCGUCGGAUUCGACGAUCUGGAUUUUGUCAUCGACUUGAUCGCCCACAGAUCGGAGAUCAUCGCAAAUGCGCACUCCCAUGCACGCACAGAGGCCCAGACAGAUGGUCUAUUCUCUGGUAGACUUCAAACCAGGGCGGAGCGCGAGCAAGCUCUACGGCAGCAGGACUACGAGCAUAAGCAUGCGCCGCUGUUGGAGGCACAGACCAGGACUGAACCGCAUUAUCCUCAUGUUUUCAAGAUGCACGAAUCCAGAAACGUGCUUUCCCUUGGAGGGAAGAGGUAUGGGCUGCCGAUGGGUAGUAAGCAAAUCGAAGAAAAGAAGUACACCGAGAUCGAAGUCCCAGCGUCCAAGACGGGCGGCUUGUUUCCCGGUCAGAAGCUGGUGCCAAUAGCAUCCAUGGAUGGUCUUUGCCAAGGCACCUUCAGAGGAUACAAGACCUUGAAUCGCAUGCAGAGUCUGCUCUACGAUGUUGCUUAUAAGACGAAUGAAAAUAUGCUCAUUUGUGCCCCUACUGGUGCUGGUAAAACAGAUGCCGCAAUGCUAACGAUCCUGAACGCUAUUGGCAAGAACACUAUCCCUAACCCCAUCGAGCAGCCAGAUGCAACCGAGUUUGCGGUGCAGCUGGAGGACUUCAAGAUCAUUUAUGUGGCCCCAAUGAAGGCUUUGGCAGCUGAAGUCACGGAGAAGCUGGGGAAGAGACUCGCUUGGCUGAACAUCAAGGUUCGCGAGCUGACGGGUGACAUGCAGUUGACCAAGCGAGAGAUUGUGGAGACUCAGAUCAUCGUCACUACUCCUGAAAAAUGGGAUGUGGUGACCCGAAAGAGCACGGGCGACACGGAACUUGUACAGAAGGUGCGCCUGCUUAUCAUUGACGAGGUCCACAUGCUCCAUGACGAGCGUGGUGCCGUCAUCGAGUCCUUAGUAGCACGUACACAGCGUCAAGUGGAAAGCACACAGUCUCUCAUUCGCAUUGUUGGUCUGUCCGCUACGCUGCCCAACUAUAUCGAUGUUGCAGACUUUCUCAAAGUCAACAAAAUGGCUGGUCUGUUCUACUUCGAUGGAUCCUUCCGCCCUGUACCACUAGAGCAACACUUUAUUGGUGUUAAAGGGAAGCCUGGCUCUAAGCAGUCGCGUGAGAAUAUCGAUGUCGUAGCCUUUGAGAAGGUCCGCGAUAUGCUUGAGAGAGGACAUCAGGUCAUGGUGUUUGUUCAUUCACGAAAGGAUACUGUCCUAACUGCUCGGAUGCUUCGCCAGAUGGCCAGUGAGGAUGGUUGUGAAGGCCUCUUUAGCUGUCAAGAAGAAGAAGGGUACUCCAACGGCUUGGCAGAUGUGAAACGCAGUCGGGCUCGCGAGCUGCGUGAAUUGUUCGCGGGUGGACUUGGAACCCAUCAUGCUGGAAUGAGUCGCAGUGACCGUAACCUGAUGGAGCGUCUAUUUUCUGAAGGACUAAUCAAGGUACUUUGUUGUACUGCGACACUCGCGUGGGGUGUCAACCUUCCCGCCGCGGCGGUUGUCAUCAAGGGUACCCAGCUCUACAAUCCCCAGGAGGGUAAAUUUGUCGACCUGGGUAUCCUCGACGUAUUGCAGAUCUUUGGUCGUGCUGGUCGUCCCCAAUUCCAGGACACUGGUAUUGGGUUCAUCUGUACCACCCACGAUAAACUGAACCACUACAUCUCCGCAGUAACGUCGCAGCAGCCGAUCGAAUCCAGGUUCUCGAGUCGCCUCGUGGACAACCUGAAUGCGGAAAUCUCACUCGGCACGGUCACUUCAGUCGCAGAAGCUGUGCAAUGGCUUGGAUAUUCGUAUCUGUUUGUUCGCAUGCUGCGCGAGCCCCGGAAUUAUGGUAUCGACUGGGCCGAGAUUCGCGACGAUCCGAUGCUGGUCCAGAGACGUCGUCAGCUAAUCAUACAAGCGGCACUUGUCCUGCAAAAGAGCCAAAUGAUCAUAUACAAUGAGAAGACGGAGGAUCUUAAAGCCAAGGACGUGGGCCGCAUAGCAAGCCAGUAUUAUGUUCUACAGACAAGUAUUGAAAUCUUCAACAACUUGAUGCGACCACGUGCAACUGAAGCCGAUGUGCUAAGCAUGAUUAGCAUGAGCGGUGAGUUCGAUAACAUACAGGCACGCGAGAGCGAGUCAAAAGAACUCAACAGGCUACGAGACGAGGCUAUCCAGACUGAAGUAGAGGGUGGAAACGACUCACCCCAUGCAAAGACCAACAUUUUGCUUCAGUCAUACAUUUCCCGUGCUAGAAUCGAGGACUUCGCUCUGGUGUCGGAUACCGGCUAUGUGGCGCAAAAUGCUGCUCGUAUCUGCCGUGCUCUGUUCAUGAUAGCCCUGAAUAGACGCUGGGGUUACCAAUGCCAAGUGCUUUUGUCGAUGUGUAAAUCGAUCGAAAAGCAGAUGUGGCCUUUUGACCACCCGUUCCAUCAAUUUGACCUGCCUCAACCAAUUCUUAGAAAUUUGGAUGAGAAGCUUCCAACCUCAGCUAUUGAAUCUUUGAGAGAUAUGGAAACGGCCGAAAUCGGACAGCUGGUCCACAAUCAUAAGAUGGGUAGAACGCUCGCAAAGUUACUGGACAACUUCCCUACGCUAAGCGUCGAAGCCGAGAUUGCACCACUGAAUCGUGAUGUCUUGCGGAUUCGUCUUUUGCUCUACCCAGAGUUCAGCUGGAAUGACAGACAUCAUGGAGCCUCGGAAUCGUACUGGAUCUGGGUGGAGAACUCGGAAACAUCCGAGAUUUACCACCACGAGUACUUCAUUCUGAGCCGGAAGAAGUUGCAUGAUGAGCACGAGUUGAACUUCACAAUUCCACUGUCCGAUCCGUUGCCUAGCCAGAUCUAUGUCCGCGCGAUCUCGGAUCGAUGGCUGGGUGCUGAGACGGUCACACCGGUGUCGUUCCAGCAUCUCAUUCGCCCCGAUACCGAGAGUGUGUACACCGAUCUACUCAAUCUUCAGCCAUUGCCUAUCUCUGCCUUGAAGAACCCGAUUUUGGAAGAGCUCUACGGACAACGCUUCCAGUUCUUCAACCCUAUGCAAACCCAAAUCUUCCAUCUCUUAUAUCACACCCCAGCCAAUGUUUUGUUAGGCUCGCCUACAGGCAGUGGGAAAACGGUUGCCGCAGAGCUGGCUAUGUGGUGGGCGUUUAGAGAAAAGCCCGGCUCCAAGGUCGUGUAUAUUGCGCCCAUGAAAGCGCUUGUGCGUGAGCGAGUUCAGGACUGGAAGAAGCGUCUCACGGCGCCUAUGGGUCUCAAGCUGGUAGAGUUGACCGGAGAUAACACUCCUGAUACUCGGACAAUCCGAGACGCGGACAUCAUCAUCACAACUCCCGAGAAAUGGGACGGUAUCUCGCGUAGUUGGCAGACCAGAGACUACGUGCGGAAGGUGAGCUUGGUGAUCAUCGACGAGAUCCACUUGCUUGGCGGUGAUCGAGGACCUAUUCUCGAAAUUAUCGUGUCUCGAAUGAACUACAUUGCUUCUCAGUCCAAGGGCUCUGUGCGGUUGAUGGGUAUGUCCACUGCUUGUGCAAACGCUAGCGAUCUCGCGAAUUGGCUAGGCGUCAAGGAAGGUCUUUAUAAUUUCCGCCAUUCAGUGCGCCCUGUGCCUCUGGAGAUUUACAUCGAUGGAUUCCCUGAGCAGCGUGGCUUCUGUCCUCUCAUGCAGUCGAUGAACAGGCCGACAUUCCUUGCCAUCAAGAAUCACUCGCCUGACAAGCCGGUCAUCGUGUUUGUCGCUUCUCGUCGACAGACCCGUCUCACUGCUAAGGAUCUGAUCAACUACUGUGGUAUGGAAGAUAAUCCUCGGCGAUUUGUCCGUAUGUCGGAAGAAGAUCUGCAAUUAAACCUUACUCGGGUCAAGGAUGACGCUUUACGAGAGGCACUUAGCUUCGGAAUCGGUCUGCACCAUGCUGGUCUGGUUGAAUCUGACAGACAACUAGCCGAGGAGCUUUUCGCAAACAACAAGAUCCAGAUUCUGGUGGCGACAAGUACUCUUGCAUGGGGUGUCAACUUGCCUGCGCAUCUAGUCGUCGUAAAGGGCACCCAGUUCUUCGAUGCCAAGAUCGAAGGCUACAGGGACAUGGACCUGACGGAUGUGUUGCAAAUGCUGGGUCGUGCAGGACGUCCGCAGUUCGACACAUCUGGCAUUGCCCGCAUCUUUACGCAGGACGCAAAGAAAGCCUUUUAUAAGCACUUUCUGCAUACCGGAUUCCCUGUCGAAUCGACUCUGCAUAAGGUUCUCGACAACCACUUGGGCGCUGAAGUGUCCGCGGGAACCAUCACCACGAAACAGGAUGCUCUGGACUACCUAACCUGGACGUUCUUCUUCCGACGUCUUCACAAGAACCCAUCGUACUACGGGCUCGAGAUCUCGGCUGAGGAGCACAACACCAUGGCUGCUCAAGCUAUAGCGCAAGAGUUUAUGAUCGACCUGGUCGAUCAGUCCCUUAGCGAGCUCGCCGAAUCAUCUUGUGUCGCCUUUGACUCGGCCACUGGCGACGUUGACCCCACUCCCUUUGGCAAGAUCAUGAGUUAUUACUACCUCUCGCACAAGACUAUCCGCUACUUGAUGUUGCAUGCCAAACCCAACCCCACCUUCCACGAUGUCCUGAGUUGGAUGUGCUCCGCCAGCGAAUUCGACGAGCUUCCCGUCCGGCACAACGAAGACCUGAUCAAUGCCGAAUUGGCGAAUCACCUACCCCUCUCCGUCGACUCGAUGGGCGACUUGCCUCUCUGGGACCCCCAUGUGAAAGCCUUUCUCCUCUUGCAGGCGUACAUGUCGCGCAUCGACCUUCCAAUCUCCGAUUAUGUCGGUGAUCAGACCUCCGUCCUCGACCAGGGCAUCCGUAUCAUUCAGGCCUCGAUCGACGUCAUGGCCGAAUUGGGCUACCCGCAGGCGUGCCAGAUGUUCAUGAGCCUCCUCCAGAGCAUCAAAUCCGCCCGCUGGCCCGAGGACUCGGCCUUGUCGAUCCUGCCCGGUGUCGAUAUCACCAAUCCCACCGAGUCCAAGGACGGCAAGAACAGCAGCAGCAGCCUCCUCCCGCCCACACUCGCUGCUCUCGCCGCCCUCCCCACCGGCGCCAUCUCCUCGCUCGCGCGCAAGCUCACUCUCUCCGCAUCGCAAGCCCAGUUCGCCAAGGCCGCAGCCUACCUCCCCAACCUCGCCGUCUCCAUCGCCACCAUCACGCCCCGCGGGAUCACCGUCUCCAUCGUCCGCAAAAAUGCCCCCAUGGACCGCGACUGCCGGGUCUACGCCCCGCGCUUCCCCAAGCCCCAAACCGAGGGAUACUUCCUGCUCAUCUACAGCGCGAAGCCCGAUGGCCAGGACGGGGAGCUGCUAGCCUUGAAACGUGUCUCAUGGCAGACCGGUCCGCGCGGAAAGAGGAAUGGUCACAACAGCAACACCAGUGGCCGUGGCGCUGCUGGCCCCUCUGCUAACAGUAGCAGCGGCAGCAUUGCCAAGAAACCCAAUGAGCGGCAGCAGCAGCAGCAGCAGCAGCAACUCACAGUUCGGUCCUCGGCCAAGUUCCCGGAAAACCCCGCCGCGCCUAGCACCAAGCAGGUCAACGUGCGCGUGAUUAGCGAUUCGUACCCGGGCAUGGAAUGGACGGUGACCCGGGUGGAGGUUCCGACUAGUGCUGCCGCCGCCACGGGAGCUGAAACGCAGAGUGUGCCGGAAUCCACUAUCCCUGAGAAGGGCCAAGAGAUGAUCCCUUAG